GUGUCAUGUGGGUGAGCACGCUCAGGAGAUGACAGUGGCAGCCAAAUCAAGCCACACGUGCGGUCGGAUAGAGGCAGUCCGACUGUGGCCACGAGAGAGAUUCGGUGUGCCAACCAUGUCAGUCAGCAUAAUGGGAGAAGGGAAGAGAAGAAGAGCGGCACUCCUUUGGGGUCGUCGGUGAUCUGACGCGCGAUUUCAGACCACUUCGUCUCGGUGCUGGAUCCGCGUCUGCUGCUGGGAUGCUACUUCGCCUCGGUAGCAUGAAGCUCGCCCAGGCAUCCCUUUGAUCACCUCCCCUUGGUGCUGCAUCGCUUGGACGCUCUGUCCUUGAUGCCAUUGCGUUGGACAGGCUUGUAGGCACUCGAAUAACAAGACGAAUGUGAAUCCCAGCUCCGAAGAGCCCUGAAACGACAGACAGACAGACAGAGGGCGACUUGAGCGCACAGAUCUCCUGACAAUGUGACUGGUGGUGCUCACCUUAUGUGUUGUUGUUGAGAUGGCGAUGCGAUGAUGCUAGAAGGUGCAGGCAGAGAAGACUGUGUGUUUGUUCUCGUCGCCUCGCUGAACAGCAGAGUCGCCGUCGUGUUUUUGCAUGAUGAGGGGUAGUGAGUCACCACAAUGGGUUUCUGUGAGGCUACGUACCCGAGAGGUAGCUGAGGGAUAUCAUCAGAAGGCGAAUUGGUUUUGGUUGGUUAUUGGGUUUAAC